GCGGGAGGAGCGAGGGAAGGCGGCGCGUCCCGCCCGCCCCUCAGCCCGCGCUACACCCCGCGCCGCCAUUUUGUGCCAGUCCCUGCGUCUCCGGCCAGCGGCGGUCGCUCCGCUCCUGUCAGCUCCCACCGGUCCGAAGGGCGGCCCCGUCGAUGGCCAGCUUUCCCCCGACUGUCAACGAGAAGCUCAUCGCGCGGCCCCGCACCGUAGGAGAGCUCCUGGCCCCCACUGCUCCUUUCGACAAGAAGUGUGGACGCGAGAACUGGACUGUGGCGUUCGCUCCCGAUGGAUCGUACUUCGCGUGGUCUCAAGGGCAUCGCAUAGUGAAGCUGGUCCCCUGGGCUCAGUGCCUCAGUAACUUCUUGCUGCAUGGCACAAAGAAUGUUGCAAAUUCUGUCAGUACAAGACUUCCAAGGCAGAACAGUGACGGGGGGCAGAAGAACAAGCCUUGUGAGCAUAUCAUAGACUGUGGUGACAUCGUGUGGAGCCUGGCGUUCGGGUCCUCGGUGCCCGAGAAGCAGAGCCGCUGUGUCAAUAUAGAAUGGCACCGCUUCAAAUUUGGGCAAGACCAGCUGCUGCUCGCAACAGGCCUGAACAACGGGCGCAUCAAGAUCUGGGAUGCGUACACAGGAAAACUCCUCCUUAACCUGAUGGACCAUACCGAAGUUGUUAGAGAUUUAACCUUUGCCCCAGAUGGCAGCUUGAUUUUAGUGUCUGCGUCCAGAGACAAAACACUGCGCGUGUGGGACCUGAAAGAUGACGGAAACAUGAUGAAGGUGCUGAGAGGACAUCAGAACUGGGUGUACGGUUGCGCAUUCUCUCCAGACUCUUCUGUCCUCUGUUCCGUUGGAGCCAGUAAAGCAGUUUUUCUUUGGGAUAUGGAUAAAUACUCCAUGAUUCGGAAACUUGAAGGACAUCACAAUGAUGUUGUAGCUUGUGAGUUUUCUCCUGAUGGAGCUUUACUGGCUACUGCAUCUUAUGAUACUCGAGUCUAUGUCUGGGAUCCACAUAUUGGAGUUAUUCUUAUGGAAUUUGGGCACCUGUUCCCCCCUCCCACUCCCAUCUUCGCUGGAGGUGCCAACGACCGCUGGGUCCGGUCCGUGUCUUUCAGUCACGAUGGGCUGCACAUCGCCAGCCUGGCUGACGACAAAAUGGUAAGAUUCUGGAGAAUUGAUGAAGAAUAUCCUGUCCAAGUUGCACCUCUGAACAACGGGCUCUGCUGUACCUUUUCUACUGAUGGCAGUGUUCUAGCUGCAGGGACGCAGGAUGGCAGUGUGUUCUUUUGGGCAACUCCAAGACAAGUUUCCAGCCUCCAACACCUGUGUCGGAUGGCAAUUCGAAGAGUGAUGCCCACCAGCCAAGUCAAGAACUUGCCCAUCCCAUCCAAAGUGGCGGAGUUCCUUUGUUACCGGAUGUGAACUGAAAACCAACCAACCCAACAGAACUGGCAGUGGCCCAGCUGCUGAAACCGGCUGAACACUUGCAAGAGCCCUCAAACUGUACAGCCUUUAAGCUUAAAACUCUACAGGUUUUCAAGAGCUAUUUAAAGUGAUAACCUAAAUACUAUUUUGUCAAAAUGCCUGACAGGUAAAUUUGUAAUAUUUAUAGAAAACAUGGUAGAAGUAUUCCUGGUGUUCUCAAUUUUCUAAAGUAUAACUGUGAAAACAUGUACAUAUAUAGACUUAAGCUGCUACAUGUUACCAGUGUACCUUUAAAAACCGCUUUUAUGAUUUGUAAUGUGUAUCAUGUAUAUAUUGCUUUGGUAGAGCCGUCAGAUGCGUCUGUGCUGUAAGGUGGAAGGAUAGCUGUUAUUGUGGGACACUGAGCUAGAAACAGUGUUGGCCUAAGGAAGCUGAACUGCUCUGCAUGGACGUACAUUGGUUGGGGUUCAGGAAACUGAUCCGCAGAUGAGAAUGCCUGCGAGUUUAUUCCACAGAGAGGUUCAGUUUGGUGUUUGAGAGCAGCGUGUGCUGUAGGAAGCGGGUUAAGGCGAGGGCUGCAGCGGAUCUGAUGCAACCAGAACGGUCAGCUAAGGGAAGACUCGAGUUCCAGAGCAGCAAACCAGGUGAAUUUCAGUAUUGGGCAGCGUUAAAGAACUAUUUCCUUACAUUUCUAAAAAUCUAACUACUGUAUUAUUGCCUGAUACUUUGUCUGUAAUGAGAGAAAUUUACAGACUCAGUUUAUUAUUCUUUAACCCUAUAAUAUCUCUUUGGGGUUGAUUAUUGGUUAAUGGCCAAAGAUAAGCAAAAUACUUGGUUUUGCCUUCUGUUAUUUAUCUGUACCUGCAGAUAUAAAGAAUGUAUGCAUUGCAUAAAAUGCCUGAUUAUAUAUAUUUUUUUGUUGAAUUUUUUUAUUAAAAACUUGUAUAAAAA